AUGGGCGAACCCCUCAAAUGGGAUGGAUUUGUUUCACGAAGUUCUCUUCAUGAUCCUUUUACCGACUCUGCUGCAGGAAUCCGUUCAUCUCUGAUUUCUAAUCAAUCGCGGCCUGUCUCAACCGUAUCAUCCUAUCACGAUGCCAUUUCGACCCAUACUCCACAAAUUACAGGACAGACACAGGGUUAUACGGCCUCACAGCUCCCUUCUGUGACACCCAACAGACAAUAUCAACCACUCAGAAACUCUACAGUCGCGGGUUCGCCUCUGGAUCACUUCCGCCGCGAUAGUGAAGCGUUGCUCAGUUCUGGAUCUCAUCAGCGUGGGUCUUGGGUCAACCUUUCACGCUCAAGGUCGCCCACUCCUCGUCGAGACAAGCGCGAUGAAGACGAGGUGGACGAGAAGUUAGACUCCGAAGGCGAAUCAGAAGAUGGCGAUGAGCUCGACGAUCUCCCCACACAAACUGUCCAAGCUCGCCUACCCACCUCCACCUCCACUGCCCUCCCUGCCGCCGACGGUGAAAAGACCCCUUCGUCCUCCGUCUUCACACAGAGCACUGCUAGCGCUCUGGUCGAGACGAGACACUUCGGCCCCGCGCCCACAGGACGGGUUCUCCGCCGCCACAAAACCAAGAAGCGCGUCUCACUCACGAACGGGAACUUGGUCGUCGAUAUACCCGUGCCUCCGAACUUGGUGCUUCCGAGGAAGGGCGAUCUGGAGGUGAUGAAGAUGAGGUAUACGGCGGUGACGUGCGAUCCGGACGAGUUUGAGAAGAAUGGGUUCUUUUUGAGGCAGAACGAGGCUGGGAGGAAGACGGAGUUAUUUAUUUGUGUCACAAUGUUUAACGAAGAUGAGAUAUUAUUUUGUCGGACGCUAUAUGGCGUUAUGCAGAACAUCGCCCACUUGUGCUCUAGAAAGAACUCCCAGACCUGGGGCAACGAAGCUUGGAAGAAGGUCGUAGUCUGCAUCGUCGCCGAUGGACGCAAAAAGGUGCAUCCUCGCGUCCUCGAUUGCCUCACCCUCCUCGGUGUCUACCAACCAGGUGGCCACAUGAAGAAUAUGAUCAACAACAAACCAGUCACCGCACACGUCUUCGAGUACACCACGUCUUUCGCGCUCGACCCGAACCUCCACUUCCGCUACCCUGAUAAGGGAAUCGUCCCGACCCAGAUUAUAUUUUGUAUGAAAGAGAAGAAUCAGAAGAAGAUUAAUAGCCACAGGUGGUUUUUCAAUGCGUUUGGAUCGAUGCUACAGCCCAAUGUGUGCGUGCUCCUGGAUGUGGGCACGCGGCCCAAACGCAAGUCGAUCUAUCACCUCUGGAAGGCGUUCGAUUUGAACUCGAAUGUGGCGGGUGCGUGUGGCGAGAUCGCGGCGUAUAAGGGCAAGAAUUGGUCCGCUUUGCUCAACCCUCUAGUCGCUGCUCAGAACUUCGAGUACAAGAUCAGUUGCAUCCUCGACAAGCCCACGGAGAGUUUGUUUGGUUAUAUUAGCGUUUUGCCUGGAGCGUUUUCUGCAUAUAGAUAUAUUGCACUGCAGAACAACAGCACUGGCCAAGGACCGCUAGCUUCGUACUUCAAAGGAGAGGUGCUUCAUGGACGCGACACGGAUAUCUUCACUUCGAAUAUGUAUCUGGCCGAAGACCGUAUCCUUUGCUUCGAACUCGUCGCGAAAGCCAACUCGAACUGGGUCCUCCGCUACGUCAAGAGCGCUGUCAGUGAAACCGACGUGCCCGACGCUCUCCCUGAAUUCAUCUCGCAACGACGACGCUGGCUCAACGGGUCCUUCUUUGCCGCGACCUAUGCCAUUGCUCACGUCGGGCAGAUGUUGCGCUCGGGACACAGUUUCUGGAGGAAGUUUGCAUUGUUAAUACAGGUUGGGUAUAAUGUUCUGAAUCUGAUCUCGUCGUGGUUCGCGAUUGGCAACUUUUAUCUGUUCUUUGUGAUUCUGACAUCGUCGCUGGAGGCAUCGACAUUCAACCUGAAUGGCAUCGCGAGGUUCAAUUCCAUCGUCCAAUACAUCAUGGGCUCCAUCGUCAUUGCCUGCUUCCUUUUCUCCAUGGGAAACAAGCCGCGCUCGGCUGCAUGGAAGUACAAGCUCGUUUCUAUAUUCCUCGCCGUGCUCAUGGUCUAUCUUCUCGCCGCUGCCGUAUUGUGCGCUAUCGCUGCCUCGAGAAAUGGCGACAAAGCAUAUACCGUCAUGUGGUUUUCUCUGAUCAUCACGUAUGGAGUAUAUAUCUUUUCGAGCUUCCUAGCUUUCGAUCCUUGGCAUAUGUUCACGAGUUUUGUGCCGUAUAUGCUUCUUUCGCCAACAUAUGUCAAUGUCCUCAAUAUCUAUGCAUUCUCCAACCUCGAUGACAUCUCUUGGGGUACUAAAGAAGAUAACGUCCCCGACACUGACCUCGGCGCCGUCAUCCAAGAUGCUCAAUCUAAGGUCGACGUCGAAUUCUUUGCCGAAGCCGCCGACGCCAACGCGCUCUACGAAGAGUCUAUUCAAAACCUGAAAAACCGGACUCCUGUGAACAAGGGCAAUAAUAAAGCUGGGAUGACUACGGCGGAGAAAGAGCAGGCGGCGAAAGAGUAUUAUGCGGGUGUGAGAACGAACGUGUUAUUGGCUUGGGUACUGUCGAAUGCACUCUUGCUUGUCGGGAUCUUGGGUGGGAGUCAGUCCACGGAUACUUUCUCUGGGGGUACCCUCACCGCGGCCAAAGCCUACCUCACGUUUGUCCUCUGCUUCGUCGCGCUGACCAGCAUUAUCCGCUUGUCCGGAUCGACGAUGUAUCUCCUUGCCCGCGUCUUCACUGGCUGA